GGCCAGAAAUUUUAGUCAAAUCUUACUCCUUUUCUGUUUAGAUUCUUUUCGUAUUUUCUUUAUGUUUUGUUAGUCUCUUCCUAUAAUCCCUAGUUAUUAAAGCAGGCUCUUGACCUGCUGUUCUUAUUCUUUAGGCUUCCAUGAUAUUCAUGUUCCCCCCUCAGAGCUCUUGACCUGGUUGUGCCAUGAUAGAGUUGGGGUUGUCUGUAACUGUUAGGUUUCUUGUUUUGUUUUGAGCUUUGCUCCACCAUUUCCACCAAAAAAAAAGAGAGGAUGGGUAAUCUGUUUUGUUGUGUGCAAGUUGACCAGUCCACAGUAGCUAUCAAGGAGAGAUUUGGGAAAUUUGAUGGAGUUCUUGAGCCUGGAUGCCAUUGCCUACCUUGGGUUGUUGGAAGCCGGCUUUCAGGCCAUCUAUCGCUGAGGUUGCAGCAGUUGGAUGUCCGUUGUGAGACCAAGACAAAGGACAAUGUAUUUGUUAACGUUGUUGCAUCUAUUCAAUACUGUGCUUUGGCAGAUAAAGCAAGAGAUGCUUUCUACAAACUCAGCAACACAAGAACCCAAAUCCAGUCCUACGUUUUUGAUGUAAUCAGGGCAACUGUUCCAAAACUUAAUCUGGAUGAUGCUUUUGAGCAGAAGAAUGAAAUUGCCAAAGCUGUGGAAGAUGAACUUGAAAAGGCUAUGUCUGCCUAUGGAUAUGAAAUUGUGCAAACACUCAUCGUUGAUAUAGAACCAGAUAAACAUGUGAAGCGGGCAAUGAAUGAAAUAAAUGCAGCUGCAAGACUGAGGGUGGCGGCCAAUGAGAAGGCAGAGGCUGAGAAGAUUCUCCAAAUUAAGCGAGCUGAGGGUGAGGCUGAAGCAAAGUAUCUUGCUGGACUGGGUAUUGCUCGUCAGAGACAGGCAAUUGUGGAUGGAUUAAGGGACAGUGUGCUGGACUUCUCUGAAAGUGUACCCGGGACCACUGCAAAAGAUAUAAUGGACAUGGUUCUUGUCACUCAAUAUUUUGACACAAUGAAGGAAAUUGGUGCUGCCUCUAAAUCAUCUGCCGUGUUUAUUCCCCAUGGACCUGGUGCUGUUCGUGAUGUUGCUUCUCAGAUUCGCGAUGGACUUCUCCAGGCUUCUACCCAUACCAGUAACUGAGUUACACUUCCAGCUUUAUGGGUUUGUGUUGACAGGAGCUUUAUAAGCAUUGCUUGUUAUUAUUAUUAGUAUUUUAUUGCAAAGGUUUCACAUGUUAGGUCUUGUCAUGUGAUGACUUUCAUUUCACUUAUCUCAGAGUUGCGUGAAUAGCGGUUCUCUAUCGCUCACUCCCUCCUUCUCAAAAACUUUCGGGGUUUCCUAGUGCAAGAAGCUCGUAACUAUAGCGUCAAAUAAAUAAUAGCCUCGUAAGAUUAUCUUUUGUCUUUCUUUUUGUUCAACUUUUUUCUUCACUUCUGGCCCAUUGGUGAAAUCAAUGUUUAUUAUCUUAUGGUGAGAUCAA